CAACCCAAGGUGUUGAGGUGACACCGGGAGCUGUGAGCCACGGGGGGUCCUUGGGCUCCCCCCGCGUACUGCUGGGCAUCAGGAGGAAUUAAAGCCAGCACUGACAGCACCGGCAGAGGAAACAGGAACUGGCAGGGCCCCAGACUCCUGAGAGCAGGGCAGGAAUGCCGGCUGCUCCGGGCCGCUUGGCCACUGGAUAAACAAACAAACCCCGGCUCGAUGAUGCAUCCCGGUGUGCCGGAGGGCGGCUCACAGGCCGCGCGGGGGUAUCCCGGGCACCGCUGGGGCUCUGGGGUCCUACAGCUCCGCCGUACCCGGAGCACCGGGCGCGCAGCCAAAGCGUGCCGGCGGCUCGCUCCCCGCCAGCCACUCGCCCAACCGGUGCUGCCGGAUGGUCCGGGCCGCAUCCCCGGGGCUGCUGAAGGCUGCGAGGGUGGCGGGGGCUGCGCGAGGAGGCUGCGGCCGGGCAGCAGGAGCUGUCGGGGGGGCCCGGGGCAGCCCCCGGGCGGGAGCCGGCCGGAGGCACAGCGGCCUGGAGAGCCCUUCAGUGGAGGAGCGAAAGCUGGAGGAGGACAAGUGGCCGGAGCAGGAGCCGGGCAGCAGCCGCCGAUCCACAGUGCCAGCAUCGUGGCACCAGUGGCCCAGGCUGGGGGCUCCACUCGAGCUCAAGACCGCGGCAGUGGCGGUGGCAGAACGAGUCUGAGCAGGGGAUGGAUCAUGCGCCACCCCGGUGCACCCGUGCCAGCAGUACCAGCGGCAUCCCCACGGGCUCCAUCACCGAGCCCUGCAUGAUACCACGAGAGCCCCGUGCCCCGCUGACUGGUCGCGGGGUCCGGAGGGGUCGGGCGUGCGGCACACGGGGCCGCGCUGGCGGCUGCUCUUCCUGCCCGGCCAGUUUUCGGCGUGGCCGCCCGGUCUCCUCCAGGCUCCCCCUCCCUGGUCGGCCGCCAGCAGCGGCAGAUACCUGAUACUCGGGUUGUGCAAGCGCGAAGGGGGAGCCUGGCCCUGCCCGGCCCCCGGGAGCCACCCGGAAGGCCGAGCCCUCCCUCCCGCCCGCCGCCCCACCUGCACAGGAGCUUAAAGGCCGCCGGGCGGCCGGAGGCGCAGCGCCGGUCCCGCACCAUGCCCAAGGCCCGCAGCGUGCUCGUCCUGGCGGGGCUCCUGGCUCUCUGGGCAGAGCUGCCGCCAGCAUCCGCCCAGAAUGUCACCACAAAAGCCGGCGUGUGCCCAGACCCGGCGAUGGAAGCAGUGAACUGCACGGUGGGGUGCCAGUCCGAUGGCGACUGCGAGAGCACCCUCAAGUGCUGCCCGGCGGCCUGCGGCAAGGCCUGCCAGAAGCCCGAUGAGAAGCCUGGCACCUGCCCGCCCGUCAGCCCGGGGAUCCCCAUGCUGGGCGUCUGCACGAACCAGUGCAAGACGGACUCCAACUGCUCCGGGAACCAGAAGUGCUGCAGGAACGGCUGCGGCAAAGUGUCCUGCGUGACACCCCUCCACUGAGGCACAGCCGCCUCCUGCCAGCCCGGCCACGGGGAAGCUGCUGCCCGACACGAGUCCUGCAUGCCCAGGCCCCGGCCCUGCACUGUCCCCCCACCUCGGAGCCUUCAGCCUCAUCUUCCUCCCCGGGGUCCCCUGCAUUCUCUCCAAUAAAGCAGCCUCUCCCUGCCA